GGGCGACAGUCAUAUCAGGAUCUUCUGCUGAUCCGCUGCUGCACACUGCUCUGUUCAUCCUCAGUCUUCAGCUCAAUAACUCAUCCAACAGGUUAUUAUGUCCAACAACACCACCAACAACUGCACUGACACCACCGACCACAUCGACGUCAUCCCAGUCUGUAUCUACUCCUUCAUCUUCCUCGUGGGUCUCAUUUUCAAUCUCAUCGCACUUGUCAUUUUCUUCCGUCACAGUAAAUCCAAAUCCCCAACCGUCGUCUACAUGACCAACCUGGCCAUAGCGGACGUGCUGCUCAUCCUGACGUUGCCCGUGAGGAUUUACUACCACGUGACCUUAGCUAAGCUUCCCCCGGAACUAUGCGACGUCGUUGGUCUUGUCCUGAAGGCCAACAUGUACGGGAGUAUCUUUCUUCUCACUUGCAUUUCUCUCGAUCGUUGCAUGGCCAUCAACUUCCCGAUAACGACGUGCGUCCAGGAUGCGAGGAAAAAAGCCCCGUUGUUCUGUGUUGGAAUAUGGACGUUCACUUUUGGAGCCAGUGUGCUCAUCUACCUCUCCAAAAGACAAGACGUGGCGAAUAACGGACUAAACCAGCAUUGUUUUGAUAACCUGCCGGUGUACGCCAUCACCCCAGGAGUGGUUUUCACUACUCUGGCUGUAGGCUUUGGGAUCCCAUUUCUAACCAUGUUGAUCUGCUCCUGCGGUUUAGUGCACGCAGUUCGUCAAAGCAUCGUCGCCAAAAUUAACUUUGUGGACAGCAGAAAGAUCCAGAAGAUGAUAACCGCCAGCCUCCUCAUUUUCCUCCUCAGCUUCCUUCCUUACCAUGUGACCCUCACCUUCCUGUCUCUGUCCAAAAAGCCACCCUGCGUACUGUUGGAUGCAUACAGCUACAGUCUGAUGGUAGCAUGUUUCAACACAGUCCUAGAUCCCAUCGCGUAUUAUUUCACCACGGACACCUUUAGAAAGAAUUUGGACUUUUCAGAAAAUAUUCCGUUAAAUAGUUAGUUCCUCAUGAGCAAAAUGUCUGAAAGAGCCAAGAAAAACCAUCUAAAAACUUCCUGGAUGAUUAGAAUUAAAGCAAAAACAAUCGUCUGCACAAAAAUACAUCAUCACAAUGGUGCAAGGAUCUAAACCAGGAGUGUCAAACUCAUUUUAGUUCAGGGGCCAUAUUCAGCUAAAUUUGAUUUGAAGUGGGCCGGACCAGAAAAAUAAUAACAGAAUAAUAUAUAAAUA